AUGAUUGUAGUCACUAUACCCCCUAUCAAAUCAUCACGGAGAAGAAAAGCCUCGCCCGGGGAUAGCACUCGCGAACCUGUGAUCCGCAAAUCUGCGACGGGGCAGUAUGAUGUGUUUGCCAGCCUGCACUCGGGAAUCGUUGUAAUUUCAGCUCAUUUUGGACCAAAUUUUAAUGGAUGGCACAGAUGUUUUCUGGCUUUGUUUGAAGAAGCCUUACGUAGAAUAAUUCCAUGGCUAUCUCUUCCAUAUUUGGACCCUACUCUUGAGUACCACAUGCAUGAUCCAGUUGAUUCAAUCAUCUGGACAAAGAAUUUUCUUGGCAAUGGAGACGGACGUGUUAGAGUCGGUCCCUUUGCUAACUGGAUGGCGCCAGGCGGUCACUUAACAAGGAAUAUCGGUGGUCGUAGUAGGUUAAUCUCUAGUGAUGUUAUUCGUAGAGUUCUGACUAGAUGCCAUACAAGUGAUAUAGUAUAUCCUACUGCCAAGGAAGGCUAUAACGUUGAAAAACAUCACAGUGGUCAGCACCUCUGGAUAGGAGGGCAUAUGUCUGAACGUCCAAUGGAUAGAUUUCCACAGUACAGAAACCUGGAUGGUUAUAGCAAUUUCUGGACAAAGUUCUGGUACAGGUAUGAACGUUCUCCUUCCUGCUCUUUGUGGCAACCUUUCUGCGGAAGUCAAUAUCUGCGAUGUGACAUGUCACGGCAAAUAUGUCUAUCAAUUACAAGAAAGAAAUCUGCCCAUAUGAAGUGUACAAUGCGGCAGAAUAUGGCACAGAAAGAAAGGAAACAGAAAAUUAAUAUCAUCACGCGACCUCCGUCCCGUGAUCCUGUUUACAAAGCAACUUCAUUCGACGGUCGUAGUUCACACUUUCGUAACGGUAUGUUUACUGGAGGGUUCGUCGGUGUUAAACAAGAUUUCAAGUCAUCAAUGCCUGUAUCCAAGUCGAAGAACCUUCUGCCAAUACCUGAUUAUCACGAAACAUCUACAACAAUCCAAAACACUUUUGAACUCAACGGGCAUGCAGAUGUCACAAAAUGGGUAUUUAUCCCUGUAAACGUUACUUACAGAAGAAAUCAGGGAAAUCAAAUUUCAACGUUACAGCACAAUAUCUCUCCGAACAAAGCAAAAGAUCACUCAUCGAAGAACUCAAAGACGUGCGUUAAAGACGAGGCUGGUGCAAUGAAAGUUGGAAUACAAUCUAGUGGACUGAAUUACGAUGGGGAAUACUUCGGCUAUACUCUUAUUGAUCGUCAUUUACCGGUAGAUUCUGCUACAACAUAUAUUGGUAUAAAAUCACCGGAGGUUCAGUAUACCGAAGUCAUCUUGUCUGCUGUUCAUUCGUGUGGAACCAUGUGUCAGGCCUAUUGUCUAAUUCCUGAAUCUGAACCCGCUGUAUUUAAACCAUGUUUUGGGUUUCUGAAAAUAUCGAGCAACGAUCUCACCGUGUAUGGUCGCACAUAUGAGGAGGCAGUAUCUCGUUUCAUGCUAGGAGGUGUUUUCAGUGAUGGGGUACAGAAUAAAACUCUUAGAAUUUUCUUCGAUUGUUCUCAUGUUGACAAUUCACAAUAG